GUUGUUGUUUUCUUUCCUCCAUGUUUCUAAAACCACCGAACUCCCCUUUUCCCCUCAUCAUCAUCAUCUAAAUCUAAAUUUCUCCCUCCAUAAUUCGCACAUUCUAUUCUGCUAAUAUAUUAUAUAAUAUAUAUACACAUACACAUAUACAUACAUAUUGUACAGUUGGUUACAUCUAACACUGAAAUUCAUCGAUCCAUCCAUCCGUUAGUUCCUGGAUAAACAGAAGGCCCGAUUAGUGUUUUGUUGAUCUUCUUUAUUGGAACGUAUGCCUAAGCGAUGGUGUUAAAGAAAAGACUAUAUUACGGAGGAUUUGAUGGCUUUCAUGCCCCUGUGGUACCUAAAGCUCCCAGGUCAAUAAGGAGGAAUAUACAGAAGAAACCGUCAGGGGUUAACGAACUUUGCCCUUUUGAGUUACUGGCAGCUGUAGCUGGCAAGUUGCUGCAGGAGAGCGAAAGUUCUGCUUCCAGCACUUGUGCAGAAAGAAAACAGCAGAUUAACAUAUCAAAAGAUGGUGUCAAACAGGAACAAUUUGAAGAGAAACUCAAACCCCUAAGGUUAGACUAUCUUGAUCAUGGAUGCAGUGCUGAGAAUGAGUUUCUUCCUGAACCCUCUAAUUUAGAGUUAAAGCUAGAACCCCUGUUGAAUGAUUUACCACUGUCUGAUAAUGAUUCUGGCUUAGACAAUGCCUCUAUAGUUACCACUUCAAAUUUCAUCAAAGAAAGUAGUACUAAUGUGAAGCUGAAACCAUCUGAUACCAAGAAUACAGUUAACGUUAGUCAUAGCAAAUCAGAAGGAAGUUCUCCUAGUCAUGGGGAUGUGUGUAAUGUUGACAUGGAUACUAUUAGAACCAAGGUACAGACAGAGGCGGUAGAAAAACUAAGUGAAGACUUAACUAAUGUUAAGACUUGCAGAUUACAGGAUACAGCCAAAUCAUAUGUGAACCAUUGUGUAUUAAAUAAACCGUAUAGCAAUGUACAUCAACCUUUUCAUAGUGAUUCUGUUCUCUGUGCUUGUAUUCCAAGGCAUAGGAACAAUGUAAAAAUAGGUAUUAGAGAUGAUGAAGAAAAUUCUUUUAGUUGCAAUCACCAUAGAAGCACCAAAAUGAGGGCACUUAGGUUGCAGUCACGUGCUGGAUAUAGAAGAAUAAGGAAGGUGUUGACCACUAAGUACUGGAACUCAGCUCCAAAGCUGAAAGAUUAUGAACCCUCCAACACUACUAGUCAUGGAGUUCGACCCAUUAACCACAGCAGGAAGAAUAUAUACAAGCGAGAAUAUUUUUAUGCAGAUGCUUCUUCCAAGAGAAGGAAGCUAUUUCAUCAAAGUUCAAACCCUGGUUAUGUUCAGGAGACAAGCAAUGAAAGUAUAUCUAAUAUACCUGAGAGGAGUGCCAACGGCGAUAAGAGGCAUCCUUCUGUUGCUUCAAAAAGAGCAAAAGCAGUGACCUCUUCAUUUAUCAGCCACAAAACUUCCUUUCAAUCCAAGGAUGCUCAUGUGAAGCUUAGCAUAGAGUCCUUUAAAGUGCCAGAACUAUAUAUUGAAAUGCCAGAGACAUCAACUGUCAGUUCUUUGAAGAGGGCUGUUAUUGAAGCCAUGACAGCUAUUCUAGGAGGCGAAUUACAGGUAGGGGUACUUAUUCAAGGCAAAAAGAUUCGGGAUGAUAACAGAACAAUACAAGAAAUGGGAAUUUCUGUGAACAGCGACACUUUGGGAUUUAUGUUGGAGCCUAGUCUUCCGCAGCCUUCCCAGUCUCUGGUUCAGAAUGAAUCUCCAUUGUUGCUACCUUGUGACAAUCAUCAACCACUAGCCAGUUCUCCAGCGAGUCCUGUUGCCGAUGUUGGUUUCUUGAAUGUUUCUGUUGAUCCUCCUCAAUCAAUUAGUCUCGAUAACCAAGUUGAGAAUAAUACAGAAAGUAAACCACUCGCAACUAAAGUAUUGACAGAAGAUAUUGUGGAGGAUAUGAAAGCUAUUGUCCCAGUUACGCCACUGAACCCAGAGGCACUCUCAGUGGUCCCAUCAAAGCAUAAACUAAGCAAAAGAUCUGAACUUUCACAACGUAGAACUAGGAGGCCCUUCUCUGUUUCUGAAGUAGAAGCACUUGUUGAGGCAGUCGAAAAACUUGGAACUGGAAGAUGGCGUGAUGUUAAAAUUCGUGCAUUUGAUGAUGCAAAUCACCGCACUUAUGUUGAUUUGAAGGAUAAAUGGAAAACAUUGGUUCACACGGCAAGUAUCUCUCCUCAGCAAAGAAGGGGAGAGCCAGUGCUACAACAUCUUCUAGACCGAGUGUUAGCUGCAAAUUCUUUCUGGUCUCUGAAUCAAUCCAAACAACAUGGAAAGCAUCGGACGGAACCACUUUAAACUAUGGGAACUCCAGUUAAAGUUUUCCGAGUUUGAACGCUGAAAUGGAUUGGGAAUGGUGUGUACAAAGUUUAAAUAGGAAAAAGGGAAGCACAGUUUUAACUUGUUAAAAAUACUGUACAAUCUUACCGUUUUUCAGAAUUUUAUUUCUUACAGUGAAUUCAUUUGCCUUAAAAGAGUCUUCUCUUAUUUAGAGGAAGCAAGCUAAGGGCCAGUCGGUUAAUUAUGUUGGAAGAAAAAUAAGUGUUUUCACUUGGUUCAUAACAUUCUUUUGCACAUUUUUUUGUAUGCAUUCUGUAAAUUCAAUUAACGUCAUUGUUUCUUGUUUA